AAUGUAUUAGUUUUUUUUAACCAUUGUAUUUGCUAUGCUGUCCCUAUUUUGACACGUCCAUUUCCAACUUUUAUGUCCAUUCCAGAUGAUAAAAACAAGAACUGAACCUUAAGAAAGCAGCCAGUGUGUGGCGGAUUUGAAUUUUGCAUGAAAAUUUGAAAUUUACAGUGCUAGAUCAACAUAAAUUUGAUACACACGGCACAUUUCUGAAACCAAGCUUUGGUGUGGAGCUGUACAAUCCUCCACUGAUGGAUCCUGAACCAGACUUGAGUGACUCAAAAACCUCUAAAGGUUCCACUCGAACACCAGAGAACAGAAACAAAAGAGAAAACAGCAAGCCGAACCAUAAAAAGAGUCUGCAGGAGGCACGGAGGAAGGGCAGAAUGGAUCGGAGUAAAGCAGAGGAGGAGAUCAGCAAUGAACUCCAAAACCUGGAUGUGCAUGGUAAGACUAAAGCAGCAGGGACAGGUCUCGUUUAUAUAGAUGCUUUGACUCAAUAUCACUGCCUCUGGGAUGCCAGUCACCCAGAGUGUCCGGAGAGAGUGAGCACUGUCAUGGACACACUGAAUAGGGAGGGUUUGCUGGCACGCUGUGUACGAGUCGAGACCAGAGCUGUGUCAGAAGAGGAAUUGUUACUCGCUCACACGAAGGAGUAUGUAGAACUCAUGAAAUCUACACAGAAAAUGUCAGAAGAGGAACUGAAGACUCUCGCUAAUAAAUAUGACUCUGUCUACUUGCAUCCUGAAUCUUUCAGCUCUGCCUGUCUGGCGGCAGGAUCAGUUCUCCAGUUGGUGGAUAAGGUGAUGACUUCACAGCUGCGAAAUGGCUUCUCUGUAGCAAGGCCUCCAGGUCACCAUGCUCAUACAGAUCAGAUGAAUGGCUACUGUAUGUUUAAUAAUCUGGCCAUCGCAGCACGUUAUGCUCAGAAACGGCAUGGAAUUGAGCGAGUUCUGAUAGUGGAUUGGGAUGUGCAUCACGGACAAGGAAUCCAGUAUAUUUUUGAAGAGGAUCCCAGUGUGUUGUAUUUCUCAGUGCACAGAUAUGAAGAAGGCUCGUUCUGGCCGCAUCUCAAAGAAUCUGACAGCACUUCUGUGGGUUUAGGAGCGGGUCAGGGCUACAACAUAAACCUGCCCUGGAACAAGAUAGGGAUGGAGGAUGGAGAUUAUGUCACAGCCUUCCAGCAGCUUCUCCUUCCUGUGGCGUAUGAGUUUCAUCCUCAGCUGGUGUUGGUGGCAGCAGGCUUUGACUCGGUGAUCGGUGACCCAAAGGGUGAGAUGCGAGCGAGUCCACAGUGUUUCUCCGUCCUGACGCACAUGUUGAAAGGUCUUGCCCAGGGCCGACUUGUACUGGCUCUGGAGGGUGGAUAUAAUCUCCAGUCCACUGCAGAGGGUGUUUGUGCCAGUGUGAGGUCACUCCUGGGUGACCCCUGCCCUCACCUGACCUCUCCAGGUGCCCCAAGCGAGAGUGCUUUAAAGUCAAUUUCAAAGACCAUCUCAGCUUUGUAUCCAUUUUGGAAGAGUCUUCAGACUUUUGAGGGGGGUCCUCUGUCCGAUGCCACUCCUCUACCGGCACCAGUAUGUUCUGAAGUGCAAGUUUCCUCUCCAAUUACUGGACUUGUUUACGACCAGAAAAUGAUGCUUCAUCACAACAUGUGGGACAGCCAUCACCCAGAGCUCCCUCAGAGGAUCUCCAGAAUCUUUGCCCGCCACAAGGAAUUGGGGCUAGUGUCUCGUUGCCAUCGGAUACCAGCUCGCCUGGCAACAGAAGAAGAGUUGGCGCUGUGCCACAGUCUGGUGCAUAUAAGCGCUAUUAAGGGCACAGAACACAUGAAAUCCAGAGAUCUGCACCGCGUAGGGAACGAGUACAACUCCAUCUACAUCAGUAACGAGAGCUAUAACUGUGCUCUGCUCGCCGCUGGAUCGUGUUUCAACUCCGUACAGGCCAUACUCAUGGGCCAGGUGAGAAAUGGUGUGGCUAUAGUCCGCCCUCCUGGUCACCAUGCAGAGAAAGACAAGGCGUGUGGAUUCUGUUUCUUUAACACGGCUGCUUUAACAGCACGCUACGCCCAAAGCAUCACAUACAAAUCCCUGCGCGUCCUCAUCCUCGACUGGGACGUUCACCAUGGAAAUGGCACACAGCACAUCUUUGAGGAGGAUGACAGUGUUCUGUACAUCUCUCUGCAUCGCUAUGAAGACGGGACCUUCUUCCCCAACUCAGAGGAUGCUAACUAUGAUAAGGUGGGACAGGGGAAAGGCACAGGCUACAAUGUCAACAUCCCCUGGAAUGGAGGGAAGAUGGGAGACCCGGAAUACUUUGCGGCAUUCCAUCAUUUAGUGAUGCCAAUAGCCAGAGAGUUUGCACCAGAGCUGGUGCUGGUGUCUGCUGGGUUCGAUGCAGCACGGGGUGAUCCAUUAGGAGGGUAUCAAGUCACCCCAGAGGGCUACGCCCACCUCACUCACCAGUUAAUGAGUCUGGCUGCAGGCAGAUUGCUUGUCAUACUGGAGGGAGGAUAUAACCUCGCCUCCAUUUCUGAAUCCAUGUGCAUGUGUACCAGUAUGUUGCUGGGAGAAGCCCCUCCCACUUUGUCCCAUUUGCCCCCUCCCCACCACAAAGCAACUGUCACCAUCAACAACGUCCUGCGUGCUCACGCCCCCUUCUGGAGAUCCCUGAGAAUACAGAUUCCAGAGUCACUCCGUUUGUCUUUGCCAUCUCCUAAACCAAAAGGCAAGCGGGUGUCGGCUGGCAAGAGCAAAAAAUCUCCUCGCCAAUCCACCCCCGUCAAAAGUCCCGGUCAAAUACCGCAGCAUCACACCUCCCCAGAGGAUUUGGCUCCACCCACUGCCACCCACGAGCAGUCCGUCCUAGAUGACCUUGCUCAAGGCCUGCUCUCUCUGGAUCUCAACACAAGUACCUCAUCUAACCGCAGCCCAGCCUCAGUUCUAGUGGGAGGAGCAAGACGCAAGGUGAAAUCCAACCCGCAGAGGAAUUCGACAGGUCAGGAAGCAGAUUCACCACAAAAACUGAUGUCAGAGAAAGCCAAAGGAGAUGGUGCAAAUGCAGAGGUCACGCCCAUAAAAGCAGAGACACCAUCAAUCCCUGAGUCUGUGGUCAUGGGAAAUUCGGCUCCUAUUGAUGACCAGAAGUGUUCUGCACAAGAGGGGGCUUGUGGUUACACUGAGAAAUCAGUGUAUGAGCUUGUCUGUGGAGCACAAGACAUGGAUGGGGAGACGAUGUACGUGGUGGACCCGUUGUCCUGGUGCCCACACUUGAAGUCAGCGCGGCCAGUGCCUGCAGGUGGUAUCGAUGUCUUCCUACCGUGUGAAGAGUGCGGAGGUGAUGCUGAGAACUGGAUCUGCCUCUUCUGCUACAAGGUGCUCUGCGGGCGAUAUGUAAACCAACAUAUGGUGACCCACGGGCAGGUGUCGGGUCACCCUCUGGUGCUGAGCUUCGCUGACCUUUCUGUCUGGUGCUACGCCUGUGAGUCAUACAUCCACAACAAGGUGCUCCAUGAAGCCAAAAAUGCUGCCCAUCUCAUGAAGUUUGGAGAAGAGAUUCCUCCAUUCAACUGAACCAGCACAGAGGAUUCAUAGCCAGGCAGAGGAGCCAGAGAGGAUGCGUGUGUAUUUGUGUGUGUGGUAUGAAAUUUGUGUAGUGUUUUUUGCAUGAACUGUAUAUGUUCUGUGAUUUGUGUAAGUGUGUAGGAGUGUGUGAGGAAAAUGCAGUGAAUUCAGCUACACUGCGGAAGCAAGUUUUCUCUUUUUGUCUUCCUUCUUCACUUGUGUGACGUAAAACUUCUAUUGCCUUUAUCUUCACCUUGAAUAAUGUGCUCCUUAGAUUUACAUUGUGCCAAUCUGAGGUCAAUACUCAUUUUAUAAUUACACUGCAAUCUAUGCUGUCCUGUUUCAUCUUAACCAAACCUUAGUUUUAAAGGUGCAAAAUUUUUACCGUUUUUUUCCUUUUCAGUAGUUUGAUUUUAUGAAGGGUAACCUUCAUACAUUAAGAAUAAAAAGCUAGCAUGGUGCUGAAAUCGCAGUUUUCCACCAGCCAGAUUUUUAGGAUUUUAAAUUGCACAGCCUUUUUUUAUUUUUCUUAACACAGGCAACUGAGUUUGCACUGUCAUUUUUUGUAGGUUUCGUGUUUUCAUUGUAUAACUCCAGACCAAGGUGAUUAAACUGUGGAAAUUACGCAACCACCUUAAACUUAAAGCAAUAUAUUGUGCAAUAUUACCUGUAAUAGUAUUUGAAAACAGUUAUUUUCUUUUACUUUUUGUUUGUUCCUUUUUGCACAAGUAUGUAGAUUUUUUUUUUUUUCCUUUAUCUAUUAUUGUCAGAAUAAAAUCCUGGUAACAUUCAUUUUGUAACUUUUGGUACACGUUGCAAUCUAAAUAAAAACCUUUAUACCCAG